AUGAUAGCAGUGCCAAAUAGUCCAAAUGGUCAUAGUUUAAUUAUUGGUGAAUCAACAUUUGAUUUAUUAGAUGAAAAGUCUAAAACGCUAAGAGGUAGUUUUAGUCCAUCAUCAAUGUCACCAUCAAUACCACCAUCAGCUUCAAAUGAUUCAUCAUUAACUUCAUCACCUUAUUUAUUAUCAUUGGGUAGAUCAAUGACAACUAAUAUCUCAAAUGCUAUCUUGUCACAAUUAUUUCAUCAUUCUUUUAUAUAUGUUGUAAAGGAUUGUUUACCAUUCAUCACUUCAAAUGAUAUUUUAAAAUUCAUUGAAAAAGAUCCUGAUUUUCCAAUUAAUUAUCAACAACAACAAGAACAACAAGAACAACAACAACAAUCGAAUGAUAGUGAAAAUUUAUUAUCACAAAUUGCAUUGGACAAAUUAAAUGAUAUGAAUUUAGUUAGAGGUUAUUAUUUAAUUAAAAAUAUAUUAAAAUUCUUUCAAUAUAGAGCAACAUCAACUGAUGCAAUUGUAGACAAGGUUGAAUUUGAUAGUGUUUUAGAUGAUGUUUUUGAUUUAUUUAAAGGAAUUUCAAAUGCAAAUAUAUCAAUUGGUUUAAUUGAAUCACUUUAUUUAUCAUUAUUCUUAUCUAAUCAAGAUUUAAAAUCAAAUAAUAAUAAUACAAAUGAUUUGGGUGAAAUUUCUUCAUCAUCAUCAGCAUUUAGAUUAAAUAAUGAUUUCAAUUAUAAUAAUAAUAGUAAUAAUAAUGAUAAACCAAAUAAUAAUGAAUUUUAUCAAUAUUAUAAAAAAGUUAUAUCAAAUAGUAGUGAAGAAAAUAAUCUUAGUUAUUAUUUAGUUAAUAAUAAUAGUCACAAUAAUAAUAAUAAUAAUAAUAAUAAUAAUAAUAAUAAUAAUAAUAAUAAUAAUAAUAAUAAUAAUAAUAAUAAUAAUAAUAAUAAUAAUAAUAAUAAUAAUAAUAAUAAUAAUAAUAAUAAUAGUAAUAAUGAAAUUAAUGAACAAAUUAUUGAAAUUAUUGAUAAUGAAUUCAGUUAUCAAAAAUUGUCAAAAUCUCAACAUAAACAAUAUUAUAUAACAUGUGUAAUGUUGGAAUCUUUAAUUAAUAAAUUAAUAACGUUAAUUGAUUUCAUUGUUGAUUCAUCAUUACAACAACAACAAAAACAAGAAAUUAAAAAAGAAAGAAUUCAAAUACUUUUAUUAAAUCUUGAAAAUUUAAAACAUAGAGUUGAUCUUUCAAAAUGGAUUUUAAAUUUAGAUGAUAAUAAUUAUAAUCAUAUACCAUUUAUGUCAUUGGUAUUAAUGCCAAUUAAAUCAUUAAUAUUAAUGGCUAUGAGAACAAAUUAUCCAAAUUUUCAAAUCAUUAUUAAAUAUUUCGAUAUACCAAAGGAUAUUGAAAAUCAAGCUUAUCAAUUUAAAUCAAUACCAGAUUUAUUAGAUGUUUUAGAAAAUAAUGGUGGUGGUGAUAAUGAUGAUGAUGGUGCUGAUAUAAAUUUAAAUCAAUUAACUACAUCAUUUAAUGGUAUAAAUAAUGAUAAUAUAUUUCAAAUACUUUCUGAUAUAGUUAUAGGUUCAAAUUGUAAUAAUAGUUUAAUUAAAAAAAUUUUAAAAAUAAAUAAUAAUAAUAAUAAUGAUAAUGAUAAUAAUAAUAAGAGUAAAUCAUAUUUAAAUUGGAUAUCAAUUUUACAUAAAGAAUAUAUUGAUCAAAUUUCAACAACAAAUUCAAAUUCAUUAUAUGAUAUUUUAAUUAAUCCACAAUCAAUACCUGAUAAAGAUUAUCAAAAUAUUUCAAAAAUGAAACAAUAUAUAAAUAAUAAGAAAAUAAUUAUUAAAUCAUUAAAUAGAUUAAUAAAAUGUUAUGAUAAUACUAUAAAUAAUAAAAAUAAUAAUAAUAAUAUUGAUAAUAAUAAUAAUAAUAAUAAUAAUAAUAAUAAUAAUAAUAAUAAUAAUAAUAAUAAUAAUAAUAAUAAUAAUAAUAAUAAUAAUAAUAAUAAUAAUAAUAAUAUUGAAGAUGAUGUAAAAAUAAUAAUUGAAAAUGAUAAUAAUAUUUCAAAUAAUCAAAUUUUAUCAACAUUAUUUAAAUAUAUAUUAUCAGUUAAUCAAAUUUAUAGUAAUUGUAGUGAUUAUUCAUCAAUAUUUAGAAAUAUAAAUCAAUCACCAAAAUCAAUUCUCCAAGAUAUAGUAUUCAAUGAAAAAGAUUAUAAAAAAGCUGAACAAUUAUCAAAUUUAUUACAAGUUGAUUUAUCAGAUUUAAUAAUUUCUUCAAUUUCACAUACAACUCCAAAGAAUCCUCCAUCAUCUUUAUUUAAAUCUUCAACUCCUGAAUCUUCUGUAUUAAAUUCUCCAAUUUUUUAUAUAAAUAAUCAACAACAACAACAGCAACAACUACAACUACAACAACAACAGCAACAACAACAACUACAACAACAACAACAACAACAGCAACAACUACAACUACAACAACAACAGCAACAACAACAACAACAACAACAACAACAACAACAACAACAACAACAACAACAACAACAACAACAACAACAACAACAACAACAACAAUUAACUAAUGAUAAUAUUCAAAAGAAUUAUUUAACUAUGGAUUUAGUGAAUUAUUUUGAUAAAUCAUCAAAAUUAUUAUCAAGUUUAGUUUGUAUGUUAAAAUCACCAGAUCAUAAAGAUGUUGAACCAUUCAUUCAAUUCUCUAUUGAAAAUUCAAAGAAAUUACCAUCAAAUAGUUUUUCAAAUUGGAUUAAUGAAAUUUUAAAAGCUCAUACAUUUUAUCAUAAAUAUUUUAAUCAACAACAAAAUAAUAAUUAUAAUAAUAAUAAUUAUAAUAAUAAUUACAAUAAUAAUAAUAAUAAUAAUAAUAAUAAUAAUAAUAAUAAUAAUAAUAAUAAUAAUAUUGAUAAUCAACAAACAAUUAAUGAAACAUUUGAUUAUAAAUUAAUUCAAAAUUCAGAAAGUAUUCAUCAACAACAAAAUUUCUUUUUUAAAAUUAUUCAAUUCUUUGUAAAUAAUAAUAAUUUAAUGGAUGCAUUAAAAAUUGCAGAUGAAUAUUUAGAAGAGGGAGCACCAGAUUGGUUAUUGAAAUUAUUAGUAUUUAAAGAUCGUUCACAAGGUUAUAAAUAUAUACGUAGAAUGAGAGAUAAACCAAAAGCAUUAAAUUUAGUAUUGGAAUUAUAUAAUAAUUGGGAUAUUGCAACUUGUAUUGAUAUGAUUGUAAUUUGUAAAUCAUUUUUAGGUUUACCUGAUCAAAUUAAUCAACAACAACAACCAACAACAACAACAACAACAACUAUUCAAGAUCAACAAGAUGAAAAUAUUAAAAAUGAAUUAAAUCAUUUACAUAAAGCAUUUUUAUUAUAUCAAUCAAUUUUAAAUAAUGCAAAUAAUGGUAAUGUUUAUAGAAAUUGGCAAGAGAUUAAAGAGAUUUGUCAAAAUGAUCCUGCUACAAUGGUUAGAAAUUUAUUAGAUUCAAAACAUUAUGAUUUAGCAAGAAAGAUUAGAGAUCAUUUCUCUGUAUCUGGUAUAAAGAAAGAGAUUGAAGAAAGAUACCUUUAUUAUCUAUUGGUUGAGAAAGAUGAUGCAUCAUUAGCAUUACAAACUCUAUCGGAAUUGGGUGAAGAGUCAAUUAGUAUAUUGGAUUCAUUAUUACCAGUUAUCAAUGAAAUAUCAGUGAAAUUGUUUUUAGUACAAUUUUUAUUAUCAAAUAUGAGAAGUAAAUUAUCAAAAGAGAAACUUGAAGAAUUAACAAAACAAGAGAUUGGCUACCAAGUCUUAUUGGUGCUACCAACCGAUUUACAAGUUGAAUAUUCACAAUUUAUAAAUCAUCCAUUGUUAAUAAUUGAAAUGUUAAUUAUGAAUGAAAAGAUACCAUUGGUUGCAAAAUUAUUAUUAGAUAUUAAAGAAUUGAAAGAUGUUGAUGAUUUACUCACUUAUUAUGCUAGAAAAGCUUUAUCAUUUAGUCGUUAUUUAGCAAAGAAUGAUCUAAUGAUGUUGGAUGAUUAUUUACAAAAGGAAUUUAAUGAUCAGGAUGAUUACGUUUCAAAUAAUAAUUAUAAUAAAAAUGAUCAAAUCAAUUCAAAAGAAAAAGAUAAAGAUAAAAAAAGGAAAUCUUUUUUAUCAAAUUUACCAAUAAUUACCAAUAAAAGUAGUCAAACAAUUAAACAAUCACCAUCAUUUGAAGUUGAAGAUUUUAGACAUGAAAUUUCAAAUCGAUCAUCAACACCACCACCACCACCACCAACAGAAACACCUUCAUUGAAUAUAGUACAUUCAACAUCACCAAAUUCGUCAGUAUCACUUUUAAAAGAUAAGAAUAUUCAACAAAAAUGGCUAUUAACUGGUAAUGAUACUGUUCAAGAUGAAAAGAUUAGACAUAGUCAUUUCUUUAUUAGAUCACCAUCGAUUAGUUUAGCUAAAUCAUUAUUUGAUUUAUGUGAAUCAAAGAAAAAAGUUUACAACACUUGUAUUGAACUCUAUAGUAAUCUCUCAAUGUUACUCUCUAGUAAUUACUCUGAUGAUAAUUUAUUAAUUAUAAAUUUAAUUCAACAAUUAUUAAUGUAUACAAAGUUACAAUUAUUAAGAGACCCAAAAAGUGGUGGUCCAACACUUGUUGCCGUUUGUGAUACUUAUUUAGGAAAAGUAGAACUUUUUCAAUCAUUGGUCGUUAGUAAAUGUUCUGGUUCAAUGUCUUUGGUUGACUUGAGUGAUCCUCAAAAAGCAAGGCAAUUACGUGAUCGCUUAAUUCAAGAGGAUAGAUUAAGAUUAGCAAUUGAUGUCGCUACAAAAUGUAAUAUACCCGCUGAUUCUGCUUGGGUUUCUUGGGGUAUCUCUUUAAUUCAAACUGGUAGUUAUAGCGAAGCAAGAGAAAAGUUUAAAUAUUGUUUAACUCCAACCGGUCCUGAUAGACGUGUAAUGUCACCAAGUAAUUCAUUAUCAAUUGAUACAAUUGAUUCUGGUGUUAUCUUAAAUCAGAUCAUUCAAUUAUUAGAAUCACCACCAUCACCAAAUCAUAGUAAUUUUAGAAGUCUUUAUAAUUAUUUACUUAGUACACAAGGUGGUGGUAGUAGUUCAAAUUUAAAAUCAACUCCAAAAAUUGAUGAUUCAAUGUUUUAUAAUUUAUUACAACCACAAUUAUUGAAUAAUAGUAGUAAUAAUAGUAAUAAUAAUAACAAUACAAACAAUAAUAAUAAUAAUAAUAAUGCAAUUACAAAUUUAUUUUCAAAUGCAUUUUCAGAUAAAAAAUCAUUAACAAAUAAUAAUUCAUCAUCAAUAAAUAAUACAACAAUUAUAAAUAAUAUUGAAAUGGAUAAAAAUAGAUUAGACGAAGCAAUUUAUUAUUUAAAGAAAUAUGGUAAUGGUAGGAUGUUGGUUAAUUUUUUAAUUAAACAUAAUCUUUAUGAAUUAGCAUGUAAAACGAUUUUAUCUGAUAGUUUAUCAUUUAAUAUAUUUUAUGAUGAAAUUGUUUUGAAAGCUAUUGCAAAUUCUUCACUUCAAGAUUUAUUUAAUACAAUCAAAUCAAUUGAUCCAAAGUUAUUGGCAUUCCAAGAUCACCUUUUAGCUUCAUGUAAAAAUAUGAAUGAACGUAAACAAUAUCAAUUACUAUUUGAAUUUCAAUUGUAUAUGGGUGACAAUGUUAGAGCUGGUUUAACGUGUGUGAAGAUGUUUUUAACCAAUCCAGAGGGUACAGCAAAUUCAAGAGUUCACCAUUUGGAACAAGCAUUAUAUUAUUUCAAUAUUGGCUUAACAAAUUAUGUUAAAGGUUGUGUUUUAUCACAACCUGAAAUUAAUAAUUACAUUCAAAAUUGUACCACUCAAUUGGAGAUAUCAAAAUUCUUUUAUAAAUCUUCCUCAGUUUUUCCAACCACUUCACCAGUUCAUAAGCUAAGUAUAUUUGGUACGAUUAAACAAAAGACUGAAUUGGUUGAACAAUUAACAAUCAAUGGUAAUUUCGAUUUAGGUUUUAAAAUUGCUCAAGAAUCAAAAUUAACUCUCCCACCAAUCUAUGUCAACGCCCUAACAACUAUGGCUAGAAAGAAAAUGUCUUCAAAGAUUGAAGAUUAUUUAAAUCAACUCAGAGGUUGUAUUAAUCCUGAAGAUUGGGAAUUAAUCGCUAUGCCUGUAUUUGAAACUCAAUGUUUGGAAUUAAAAGAAUUCAAAUCUGCUGAAAAAUUCAUUCCAAAACUUUAUACGGUUUAUAAUAGUGUUAGAAUUAGUAUCCUAUGUGGAAAAUUAAAAACUGCUUAUUUAACUGCUGUUCAACAUAAAGAUAGAUCAUUAAUUAAAAUGGUAAUGGAUGAAGCUCAAAAAACAAAUCAACCUGUAAUUUUUAAAUGGUGUCAAGAAAUUUUAAAUCAAUAA